GUAACGAAGUUUGCUUUAUUUUUCAAUAUUCCCUACACCUUUUACACAUUUUUCGAAUGUUUCGCACAACUUUGUUUGAGUAGGGACAGAGGAAUACCCCAAGCAGCAAGCUUUACCUCAGCGAAAAUACAACUCUGCUGUUUCAUUCCACCAUUCCAUUCUUUCUACGAAGCACCGACCUAACGGAAUUUAAUUUCGUGACGUGACGCGGGAAAUAGGGCGAAAUUCCCAAAUUUGAUGACAGACGAAUUGGAUCACUCCGAGAUGAACAAGAUUAUCCAGGAUAAGUAUAUUCCGCAGCAACUGCUGUACUUUAUAGCCGGCAGGAGGUGCUGCCAGCAGUUUCCGUGCACAUUCCGAUCGAGCGAGCACGAAGCCUUCGCAAAUCGCGCCCGCUCCUUGGGUCUGCGAUCCCAGAUUGUCCACAGCAAUGGGAACAGCUGCGUCAAGAUCUACAAGCAGGCAUGUCGCCACUACCUGGAGGAGCCCAAGAAACUCACUAUGUCCGCGACGGCCACGAUGGACAUGUUUACGUUGCUGGGCAGGAAGUCCUUCAUGGGCAAGGAGGAUCUGGAGCUGUCCGCGGACAUGGUCUCCCUCAAGGCCAGUGCGUCGGACUUGCCGUCAUUGCACCUUCCGCUGCCCGCCAUCCGUCCGCCGAAUCCUCGUCUCUGGACGGAUGCACAGCGCAACUUCCUGACCACCUUCCCGGGUCACCGACUGCGCGCCGAGAUCAUGUGGCCACUGUACGCCAAUCGGGUGAUUGUCCUUAACACCGAUCUUUCCUGGGACAAGUCUGUGUUCCUGCCACUGCUCAUCCUGGAUGACUGCCUGACCAAACAGUCCAACGCUAGGAUCAUCUGCAUCGAAAGGCAUGCUAUUGUGGCCACCUACAACAGCCAGCGGACGGCCAACUUCUUCGGGGAUCAGCUGGGCGAGACGGUGGGCAUCCAGUUGCCCCACUUCAGCGCUGUCAGCUGCAACACCCACAUCAUCUUCUCGACGGCCCAGUACUUCCUGCGGUCCCUGGCCAACCAGCGGUUCCGCGACAUCAGCCACCUGGUUGUAAAUGAUGUGCACCUACGUGAUCCAUACACCGAUCUGCUGCUGACCGAGAUUCGCUUCGCCUUGAAUAGCCAGCCAAAUCUACGGAUUAUUCUGCUCUCCCAGAUGGGCAGUGCCACGAUGUUCACCGGCUUUUUUGGCGAAGGAUCGGUAGUAGAUAUGAUGAAUCAACCGGAGGCGGGACCGCGCAUCUCCUACCUGGACGACCUUCACAGCUGCAUUGCCCUGGCCGGAAUUCACAAGGGCCCGGACAUUUAUAAGGAGAUCCCGGAGACUUCGGGCGGAAAGAGCCAGCGCAACGAGCAGAUGGACCAGUGCCUGCACGCCUACGGAGAGUUGGGCACGGACGCGGCCAUACGUCCCUUUCUGUAUGCCGUGAACUAUGAGCUGGUGCCUGUAAACUACCGCCACUCCCUGAACGGCAAGACGGCGGUCCACCUAGCCUCCGAGCUGAACAAGCCCAAUCACCUCCGGUUGCUGCUCUUCAUGGGCGCCGAUCCUUACAUUGUCGAUCUGUACCAGCAGAAUGCCAUCUCGCUGGCGGCCAUGAAUGGCAAUCACGAGUGCAUAGAUGUCCUGAACAACUACAGCCUGCACGGCUAUGUGGUGAAGAGCGCCAAGCCGGAUUUCGUGGACUACGAUCUUAUUAUAGACAUCAUGUAUCUGCUGCGCACCAAGCCGGAGUAUCCGCCAGGCAACAUUCUCAUCAUUUUGCCCACCUACUACCACAUUGUCAAGCUUAACUAUAUGAUCCUGAGUCACUGCCUGACUGGCAACCUGCAGGAGUGUUCCAUAUUCCUGCUGCACGAGAACAUGCGGAAGGAGUACAUCGACGCCUUGGUCAAUGCAGGCGAUGAGACCGUGAAGAUUGUGCUGACCACAGAUAUCAUUGAAUCGCUUUCGCUGAACGUGUCCUUCAAGUACGAAAUAGACACCGCCUGCCGGCAGACCAAUGUUUAUGAUAGCUCCAGCUGCAGCGGGGAGGAUCACUACGAAUGGGUGGCCAAGGAUUGCCUGCUGCGACGGGAGUCUCUUCUCGAUCUCGAAGGUGGGGAUGCACAGUGCUUCCGUUUGAUCAGCAAAAAGGCUUGCGAGGAGCUUGGGGAGACGAGCCAGCCGCGCCUGCAAACCAUGCAGCUGGACAAAAUCUGCCUCAUGGUCAAAUUUCUUUCGCCCCACAUGGUUAUUAGCGAGUAUCUGGGUUUCACCCUCUCACCACCGCCGCUGGUUAACGUGCACCAUGCCGUGCAGUUGCUCAGGAAAAUCGACGUUCUAGACGAGGCCGAAGAUGUGACCUGGCUGGGCUGUCGGCUGGUCGACAUUCCGGUGCCCUGCCAGCUCGGCCGCAUGCUGAUCUUUGGCAUUCUUUUGCGGUGCCUCGAUCCAAUACUCACCAUAGUGAGCUCCAUGUUGACGGCUGAUCCCCUGGGCAUUCCGUUCACCGAGGACGUCGACCACUUGUGGGACAGGUUCACCAUCUACAUACAGAAUCGCAUCAAGAACGAGCGGGCUCGCCUGGCCGACAAUCAGUUCUCCGAUCAUUUCGUUUUUCUGCGCCUGCUUCAGGAGUGGCAAAGUAGACUGCACAACAAGAUGCCGCCGCUGUACCUCACGGAUGAAUAUAACUUUGUACUGAAUGGUCUCAUGGAGCAGCUUAGCUUUAUUCGUUCCGAAAUUGUGAGCUCCUUGCGGUCGUCCAACUUGAUCCACAGUCGUGGCAAGCUGAGUAUGCAGAUUCUCAACCAGAUGUCCGGGAAUUGGCACAUAGUUAAGGCGGCCCUGACAGGUGGGAUGUAUCCGAAUAUCUGUGCCGUAGACGUGGGAAAAAAUUGCUUAAAGUCGGCGAAUUCCGGAAAUGUCCACAUGCAUCCCAACACAGUGCUUCGCGAGUUUUUGGAGCCCUUGGAAGUUUCGGCGCUGAACUUUCGUACCCCCUGGAUUGUGUGCAACAAGCAAAAGAACGAUAUCAAGUACGCCACCAUGGUCGUUCCCCUGGCAGUUGCCUUGUUUUGCGGUCCCACGAGAAUGCGCCUUUCUCAGAUAUGUGACAGCCAGUUGACGGCGAACGAUCGCAACGUUCACAUGUUCAUAGACGAAUGGAUUUGGAUGGUGAUGUCCAAGCCCUCGGCGGAGAUGAUCAUGAAAACGCGUCACUAUUUCUUUAGGAUGUACAACGAAGUGCUGAAGCACUGCAGCGACCAGGAGUUGUGGCGCCGCGAUGCUGCGGCAGGCUGCCAUUACUCCUACUUGACCGAGACCCUCUCGAAGAUUUUGGAGAGCGAGGAAUCUUCCGUGGGUUUUGCCAAGCCUCCGCCCAUUAGCUUCCUGCAAUCCACUCAGCUGCCAGCCUUGUAUCUUCUGAGCGUCAACGCCAAUUUCAGUUGGUCGCGCGAACUGGAAGAGCGCCAGGGAACGCUUCAGAAGCCACAACAAUUCAAUUCGCACUUCGUUGAGCGACAGUUCUUCCUGCUCUACUCGGAGGGAGAAUGCGAGGAGUUCCACAGGAAGAGCUCGCCAGCGUUUAUCGAGAGUGUUCUCGGUAAAUUCGCCAGGCCCAUCGAGUCGGCCAACCGACACAUCUUUGUGAUCCUGUACAGAAAGGAUCCAGACGUAAUGCUCAGUAUUAGUCGGGCCAAAACCAUUGACGGAGUCUUCACGCUGAAGGAAUAUUUCCGGAACUCUGUUCCGGUGUUUGAAAUUUUAGAGGCUUGUGUAUCGUUGAAUGUUAACGUGCCUGUAUUUGAUGGUCGCCUAAUGUCUUGCCUAAUUGACAAACGUGUCGGAAACUUAAUAAUGGACCUGUUUGCCUUCCGACACCAUUGGAUCCACAAGCGAUAGAGAGGCUACAGUUUCUUUGCUAUUUUCCUUGUAGGCUCGCAUUAAUAAUCAAAAUAAGUAUGUACAAUCAAACUAUGGCUGAAAUCUCCAUUGAUAAAUCUGUACGCACCUAUUGUUGUUCCUAAGUGUAUGUUAAUUUAUGGAUUUUCAAAUUAAGCGAAAACUGUCAAUCAAAAUAAUUGUGUACACUGAAUGUAGGCCAACCAAGUUGUGUGUGGCCAAGUAUUAAGUUUUAACUGAAUGUUGAUUUUUUAAUUAUGUUCCUUGAAGUGUGAAUCAAGAUGAGACAAUAAAAACCUAUGUUUUCUAUCUA